AUGCUUACAGUGAUCAAGCACACUUGCUUAAGUGGUCGGCGCUACUCGACUCUGGUGAAGCCACAGUCAACACAGACUGAAGCUCUGGCUUAUGUCUCGCAUUCUACAGAUCCGUGGUUUAAUCUCGCAUUUGAAGACUGGUUAUUCAGAACAUCCAGCAAACCUUCACAUGUGCUCUAUUUGUAUAAAAACUCACCGUCUGUCAUUAUUGGGCGUAAUCAGAAUCAAUGGAAAGAAAUUGAUCUCAAGACGUUGAAUAGACUCAAUAUCCCAUUCGUCAGACGGCGAAGUGGCGGCGGUACAGUCUUCCAUGAUUUGGGAAACACCAACUACAGUGUAAUGAUGCCUCAAUCGGUAUUCAAUCGGAGAGAUAACGCUCAGUUGGUGGCUAGUGCUCUCAAUGAGCUCAGCGUACCAGCAGUCGUCAACGAGCGCAAUGAUAUCGUUGUAGACGGCUACAAGGUAUCUGGAUCUGCAUUCAAAUUGACCAGUUCGCGCGCUUACCAUCAUGGAACAAUGUUGCUGGAUUCCAACAUCAAAACACUUUCACAAGCGCUCAAGAACACAAACCAAUCAAUGGUCACCAAAGGUGUAUCAUCUGUUAGAUCGCCGGUGAAGAACAUAAUCGAAUGGCAGCCACACAUUACGCACGACACAUUCGUCGCAGCGGUUAUAAAAAAGUUCGAAGAGCAUCACAAGGUUGACAAGAAGAUUAUUGUGUCGGACAUUGACGAGAACAUUUUGAAAGAAGAUGGCGGUAACCAGAUACAGAAGCUGAAAGAUGAGCUUCAGGAGUGGGAUUGGCACUACGGACAGACACCGGAGUUCACCAACACGCUCUCAACGAUAAUUGAAGGAACUGAAAUUACAGCGGAAAUUACGGCAAAGCAAGGCAAAAUCAUUAAGAUGAAUGUGAGCGGUUUCUCAGAGGACGUUGGAAAGCAAUUCAUCGGGAAGAAGUACGCAUUUAUACAAGUAGAGGAUAUAGCAGCUUCCAGUGAGAUGGAUAGAAGUGUUGUAGAAUGGCUGAUUGAAUGCAUGUAA